AGGAGGUGCCCAGGCCAUUAGGAGUGAAAGGAGGUGCCCAGGCUGGAGUCCCCCCGAGAAGACGAGCAAAGCAGGGAGGGGAAGCGGGUGCCGUGGGCUCUUCUCUCUGGUCAGCAUGAAGGUCCCCCUGGUGCCAGCGCUUCUCCUCUGUGCGUGGCUGCGCGCUGCCGUCCUGCGGACCGCGGGGCACUCGGGUCGAACAACUGUGGCCCCAGCCUCCGGCCUCAACAUCACGUUCGACUCCAGGACGAUGAUAUUAAGCUGGAGCUGUAAAGACAACACCAGCCUCAGCAGGUGCAUCUUAAUACACAAAAAGGACGGACCCAUCGAAUACAGGCUCAGGAACAAACAAUGUUUCUGCACGUUUCGUGAGGUCACUCUCCACGGAGGAGUCACUUUCGAGGUGCACGUGCAGACCAGCCAAGGAGAAUUUCAAGAAAAAAUGCCUUAUCCCAAUUCCGGUAGGGAGGGUUCCGCUGCCCGGAAUUUCUCCUGCUUCAUCUACAACGCGGAUUUCAUGAACUGUAGCUGGGCACGGGGUCCGACCGCCCCCUGCGAUGUCCAGUAUUCUUUGUCCAUACGAGACUCCAAGGGAAGGCGGGAGAUUCCGUGUCCUUAUUACACGCAGGACGCGGGAACCCACGUGGGGUGUCACCUGAACAACCUGAGCGGAUUAACCUCCCGCAAUUACUUCCUGGUUACCGGGACCAGCCGAGAAGUCGGGAUCCAGUUCUUCGAUUCACUUUUGGACGUCAACAAAAUAGAACGCUUCGACCCGCCCGGCAACAUCACGGUGACCUGCAACAAGACGCAGUGUGUGGUGCGGUGGAGACAGCCCAGGACGCGCCAGCGCCGGCACUUCCUGGAGUUCCGCUACCAGCUGCACGUGUGCAGACAGAACUCUCAACCUGACACUGAAAACACACUGAUUACCGUUCAGGGUGGCUUGGAUAAUAGGUAUAACCUUCCAAGCUCCGAGCCCCGAGCGAAGCGUACGGUGAAGAUGAGAACCGCUGACUUCCGCAUUCUGACCUGGGGUCCCUGGAGCAGGCCCACUGAAUUUGGGUCUGAUGACGGACAGACCAGCUCCGUGCACAUCUAUGUGCUCUUGGUCCUCGGGACCCUGGUGUGCGCCCUGUUCCUCGGCUUCCUGUUUCAAAGGUGUGUCCAGAUGCAACGACUCUUCCCCCCAGUUCCAAAAAUCAAAGACAAACUCAACGAUGAGAAUCAGGUGGAGGACCAGAUCAUCUGGGAGGAAUUCCCGGCAGAGGAAGGGAAGGUGUACCGCGAAGAGAUAUUGACGGUGAAAGAAGUUGCAUGAGGCUCAGAGGGUGUGGAAAGAGCAGCACGUCUCCGUCCCCAAGACAUUCAGAAACUGUAUUUUCGUUCAUGGUGCUGUCAACCUUAAUGUCAUUUUCUGUGGUUUUGUUUUGUUUUGUCUUUGAGACGGAGUUGAGGUCUGU